GUCAUCUCCCACAUCAAGACCUCCCGAAGCCUCCACAUCAUGUGCCACAUCCCGGUCUUCUGCUGGAUCACUGCUACAGUUCUGGAGGAUGUGCUGAAGACCAGAGAGGGAGGAGAGCUGCCCAGGACCCUGACUCAGAUGUACAUCCACUUCCUGGUGGUCCAGUCCAAACUGAAGAGCAUCAAAUACGAUGGAGGAUCUGAGACUGAUCCACUCUGGAGUCCAGAGAGCAGGAAGAUGAUCCAGUCUCUGGGAAAACUGGCUUUUGAUCAGCUGCAGAAAGGAAACCUGAUCUUCUAUGAGUCCGACCUGACAGAGUGUGGCAUCAAGAUCAAGGAAGCCUCAGUGUACUCAGGAGUGUUCACACAGAUCUUUAGAGAGGAGAGAGGACUGUACCAGGACCAGGUGUUCUGCUUCAUCCACCUGAGUGUUCAGGAGUUUCUGGCUGCUCUUCAUGUCCAUCUGACCUUCACCAAGUCUGGACUCAACCUGAUGGAAGAAGAACAACCAACAUCCCUGACCUCUAAAAUCUUUAGAGACAAACCUAAACUGAACCGUCUCCAUCAGAGUGCUGUGGACCAGGCCUUACAGAGUCCAAACGGACACCUGGACUUGUUCCUGCGCUUCCUCCUGGGUCUUUCACUGCAGACCAAUCAGACUCUCCUGAGAGGUCUGCUGACACAGACAGGACGUAGCUCACAAUCAAUCAGAAAAGUCCAGUACAUCAAGAAGAAGAUCAGUGAGGAUCUGUCUGCAGAGAGAAGCAUCAACCUGUUCCACUGUCUGAAUGAACUGAAUGAUCGUUCUCUAGUGGAGGAGAUCCAGGAGUCCCUGAGAUCAGGACGUCUCUCCACAGAGAAACUGUCUCCUGGUCAGUGGUCAGCUCUGGUCUUCGUCUUACUGUCAUCAGAGAAAGAUCUGGACGUGUUUGACCUGAAGAAAUACUCUGCUUCAGAGGAGGCUCUUCUGAGGCUGCUGCCAGUGAUCAAAGCCUCCAACAAAGCUGUGCUGAGUGGAUGUAACCUGUCAGAGAGAAUCUAUCAGGAUGUCUGA